AUGGUGGAUACGCGAGCUAACGACUGUUCAGAAACCAGCAACAAUGCUCGAAAUCGUCCCAGAAAUCAGCAUGGGCCCGUACCCGUGGGAGCCAGUAUCCCUAAUAAUCUUGGGCAUCAAAUUCUAGAGGAAUUGGGGCAACUAAGGAACAAUUGGCAAAACGAGAGGACUCGACUCUUUUCGGAGUUCAGAAAACAAAGGCCCCCGAAGUUCACAGGAGUACCACACCCGAGGGUGGCUGAGAAUUGGCUUCAACAGAUAGAGAAUAUGCUAGACACUAUGGGAAUAACCGAAGAUGUCGAUAGAAUAGCCUUGGCCAUAUUCGAGCUUGAUGAUGAGGCUGAUCAUUGGUGGGUACUAAUCAAGAAUACGCGUGAUGUUGCCAACAUGUCGUGGAACCAGUUUAAGGAAUUAUUCCUGAAUAAAUACUUUCCAAGUACAGUUCGUCAGGAGCGAGUCAGGGAAUUCCAAAACCUGGAACAAGGGAAUAUGACCGUAACCCAAUACGCUGCAAAAUUUGAAGAGUUAGCCCGUUACACAACUAGAUAUAUAGAAAAUGACGAAGAGAAAGCAAGGAUGUUCGAGUGGAGGUUGGACCUUACAAUCAAGGGAAUAGUUCUCUCGCAACGACUCCACUCAUAUGCCAAGGUGUUGGAGACGGCAUUAGAAUCUGAAAAGGAUGUAGCCGACGCUAGGAAGACUUGGAACAAGCGGAAAGGCGGUCAGACAUCUGUUGGACCUUAG